GUUUUGUAUAUACAAAUAAAUAUACACAUAUCCAUCUUAAAUUUAAUCUACAUCAAAUGAAUACUUCGGAAAAUAGUCGAUUUCAGCAACAACAACGAUAUAAUGAGCGAAUAAGAUCUAAUCAUAGUCGUUUAUCUACAUAUUCUUUACAAACUGAAGAAUCGUUCUCAACUGGUGCUAUGCCUCGAAAUCAUUUGAUCAAAACUUUAGCAAGGAUCGUUGAAAGAUUUGAUAUAAUACCAGACAAUGCAAAAAGUCAGGAUGCUGAAAAUCAAACAAGAGCAUUACUAGAUAAGUUUAAUUAUACCAUUCUUAGUCAACCAGAACCGUCUAUAGUUGAAAAUGAAGAUGAUAUAGUCAACAUUAUACACACUAAAUUGCAGGAAUCUUCCAAUCCUCAGAAUGCCUUCCGCUUUGGUCAUUUAUACAACAAAUUAGUCUCCAGACAACGAUUACAUAAAAGAUGGCCUAUACUUUAUUUAUUAUUAAUGCUAAGCAAUAUACCAACAAGAGACAAUAUGUCAAUGAACCUAUCACCAAUGAAUAGUCCUCGUACAUCCAUUAGAGGCUUGGAAAACCUUGACCAGGAAGCAAAUGAUAUACAACCUCCCGCUUCUCGAUCAUACGAAAUGCAUUCAAAUGAAUCUCCUAGGAAUAUUCGUCGUCGACUUACUCGAGAACCUUCACCUCAAUUAACUAGAAAUUUAAAUAUUGAUACUGUCCCACCCGCUGUGCAACUAGCAAGAGCAAAAGAAGCUCAAAGGAACGAACAUCAUACAAUGGAAGCAACAAUUUAUGCGUCAGAAUCAGAUAUUUUAAGAGACUUAAUUUUCCUUUUUCAAGGAAUAGAUGGACAAUAUAUACGGUAUAAUGCUGAAUUAAACGAUCAUAUUUUGAUUCCUGGACUUGAAAUAUCCAAGUCAACAGAGGAGACAGUAUUAAAAUUAGCUGAGGUUGGAUGGUUAUAUAUUAAGAUACGUGAUUUUGUUAAACAAAAUAUGCAUUCACCUACUAUUGGGCUUGUGGGUCAAUCAUUAUGUGCAGCAUUACAACAUGAGCUGACAGAGUAUUACAAACUGAUUGCUAUUCUAGAAGCUCAGAUUGAGAAACAGAUAGCAAAUAAACAAUUACCUUUGACUGAUCAAAGUUUAACCCUGAAAAGAUUAGCAGUGUGGACAGAAGAUUAUAAGCAAAAGUUAAAAUUAAUGGGUAUUUUAGUGGAUGUGUGUGAAGAUAAGAAAGGUGGUGCUUUAAUAUCAGCUAUUCACAAUUAUACAAAACAUGGUGACCCAUUUAUUAAGACAUACCUUAUUGACAUGUUGCAAAUUAUAUCAAAACCAUUUUAUAAAAUGCUAGAACGAUGGGUGAAUGAAGGCGAAUUAGAUGACCCUUAUGGAGAAUUUUUUGUUGCUUGUGAUGCAACAGUAUCAGAAGAAGAACUUUGGCAAGCUAAAUAUACAUUACGUGAAAAUAUGUUACCUUCAUUUUUAUCCAAGGAAUUGGCCCAUAAAAUAUUUUCUAUUGGAAAAUCAUUGAACUUCAUUCGUUAUAGUUGCCAUGACGAUAUAUUAACUGUCCUAUCGAAUGUGACUGACAUGUCUUCUAUACAUCAUACAUUUCAAUAUGGCGAAACAUAUCAAUUAGAAAAAUCAAUUGAUUUAGCAUAUAAAAACACCAGUAAAGCAUUAUUAAACCUUCUCAAGACAAAAUAUAAAUUGAUGGAUCAUUUAAAAGCUCUUAAACAAUACAUGCUUCUUGGUCAGGGAGACUUUAUAAGAUAUUUGAUGGAUAUAUUAUGGGAUAACUUGAAUAAACCAGCAAAUACAUUAUUUCGACAUAAUUUAACUGGUAUAUUAGAAACAGCGAUAAAGUCAUCUGAUGCUCAGUAUGAUGAUCCUACAGUAUUAAAUAGAUUAGAUGUUCGAUUAUUAGAGAUUCAAAAAGAUGAUCUUGGCUGGGAUGUAUUUUCAUUGGAUUAUCAUGUUGACGCACCUAUCAAUACUAUCUUUAGUUCGACUGCUAUGCAUCAAUACCUUCAAAUAUUUAACUUUCUUUGGCGUUUAAGACGAGUUGAGUAUACGUUAUCUUCAGCUUGGCGUCAAUGGGGGAAAGCAGGUAGACAAUUUAAGGAGAUAACUGAAAUUAAAACAGACAUACAUUUUACACAACUUGCAAUUCAACGCAUGAUUCAUUUUGUAUAUCAAUUGCAGCAUUAUGUGUUAUUUGAGGUUUUAGAAUGUUCUUGGGAUAAGUUGGAGACAUUUAUUGGAAACAAGAGUAUAGAUCUGGAUUCAAUUAUUGAAGCACAUACCAAUUAUUUAAAUGAGAUUACAGAAAAAGGCUUUUUGAGUGGACUUAAACAAAAGGAACUAGCUGACCGAUUAAAUGGUAUCUUUGACAGUGUGUUGGAAUAUAAAGUAGUCUUGGAUUAUCUUUACAACUAUGCAACUUCAGAGUCAUCAAAAAUGUUUAGAAGUAAUAUAGCAAAAGAUGCAGACAUGAUUAGUAAAAUUAGACGUAAACAUCAAGAAAUGGAAGAUGGCUUUACAGUACAAGUAUUACAAUUUAUAGAUUGUUUGAAUUCAUUUCAUGACGAAGAUUUAAGAUCUUUAUCAACUCGAUUGGAUUAUAAUGGAUUUUAUUCUGGAUUUAAUGAAACAGCAGCCUUUUUAUCAUAGGAUUAAAUGAUUUUUUCUUUUCUUUUUUUUUUUUUCUUUUUUUUU